AUGCCAUACGCCCUUCUGCACGGCCUGGCGCCCUGGCCCAUAGAGGCCGGCCCCGAGUUCAUUCAUGGCGCAGAAAACCACAAGUUCAACCAGGUGGUCAAGGACUUCGGCCUGAAGUUCACCGAGAAGGGGUGGCCCGACUGGUGGUACUUUGGGGAGGAACGGCGGUUAGUAAAGGAUGAUGAUGUGGACGAUGAGGUCGACAAGGUCCACGAGCUCUUUGACUCUGUGGGCGACGAGGCGCCCCCGCCGCCGGGCGCUGACGUCAGCGCGGAGGCGUGGCUGCGAUCGAAGGGCGCGACCGAGCGCCAGCUGGCGGUGGCUGAUGUGUGCUACGCGAACGACUUUGGGGCGUCGCUGCGGCAACUGGGGCUGCGGGAGCUGAUAGUAGAGAAUAACAACUGGGACUCUGGUGAGACCUACCUCAUAUCAGACCAGUCGAUGAGGGUCGUGGUGGAGCGCCUGGCAGAGGGCCUGGACUUUCUCACCAGCUUCCCCGUGACUGCAAUCCACUACUCACCAAACGGCGCCGUGCUGCGCGGCCCGGGCGGCCGGGAGCUGCGCGCGCGCAAGGUGGUGGUCACCGCGCCACUACGCGUGCUGCAGGCCGGGAAGAUUGCAUUCAGCCCGCCGCUGCCGGAGCGCAAGCGGGCGGCGAUCCAGCGGCUGCGGAUGGGCAACGCAGUCAAGGUCGUGUGCGCGUUCAGGCGCCGCUUCUGGCCGGAGGAUCUGUACGACGUCUGCUGCACCGGCGCGUUCGCCCCCGAGCUCUGGAACACCAGCCACGCACCGACUGGCGCCGCGGGGGAGCACCUGCACGCCAUGGUCGGCUUCAUCGCGGGGGAGCGCGCCGACGCGAUCAAGGGCAUGGGCCACGCCGAGGCGGCGCGGCGCUUUGUUGCGCAGUUGGACGAGAUGUUUGGCUCCGCCUCGGACCCGGCGCCCGCCUCGGCCUCGCUUGUGCGGUACGAGGUAUUCGACUGGUCCGAGGUUGAGUGGGUCGGCGGCGCCUACACCUUCCCCUCCCUCGGCGCCGAGGAGGGCGACAGGGAGGCACUCGCCGCGCCGGUGGCCGGGGCGCUGUUCUUUGCAGGGGAGGCCAGCCACCCCGCGGUCAACCCCUGCAUGCAGGCGGCGCUGGAGACGGGCGAGCGCGCGGCGGCGCAGGUCGUCGCGGCGCUGAGCGCGGCGGGCGUGAGGAGCCGGCUGUGA